GGGAGCAUGAAAACAAACCAGAGGCUAAAGAGGGAUAAAGAUAAUGGAUGUUCGUUCACUCUCAAACGCCACCUCCACCACUUCCUCCGCCGUCUUCGCGCCACCUCGCCGUCGUCACCACCAUUCUCACCCUUCUUCCGCCCUAAUUGUUUUCUCAUUGAAGCGUCCGCCUCCGCCGCCGCCGCCGUCUCGUUCCGAUUCAGACGAUUCCUCCGGCUCAACCACCUCAAUCUCUGGCCGAAUUCGUCGCCCACAAAUCCUAAAAACCUCUUCCUCCCCUAAACGCACCACCUCUAAAGUUCCGUCUAAUCCUCUCAAGAAUCUGGUCGGCUCUGCCAAUGCUCCCGUUCUUCCUUUGCCACCGCCGCCUCCUGUUUCCCACUCGCUCGCCGACAAGCUCUGGCUUUCCAGUAAGCUCUCUCCACCGCCUCCUCCGAUCACCGAGAUGCCAGAGGAAGAUGAAAGCGAAAACGAAGAAAUUGAAACCGAGGAUUCUUCGAGUGAGGGGCGGAGAGAAGUUCAAUUCCGCCAAGAGGGUAAGAUUUUUGUUGGGAACUUGCCUAAUUGGAUAAAGAAGCAUGAGGUUCAACAGUUUUUUCGGCAGUUUGGUCCUGUCAACAAUGUGAUAUUGAUUAAGGGCCACGAUACUACGAAAAGAAAUGCCGGAUACGGAUUCGUCAUAUAUGAUGGGUCGACUGCAGCUAAGUCGGCCAUGAAAGCCGUUGAGUUUGAUGGAGUGGAGUUUCACGGAAGGGUUUUGACUGUGAAAUUGGAUGAUGGAAGGAGGUUAAAGGAGAAGGCGUAUGAGAGGGCGAAAUGGAUGGAGGGAGAUGACAGUGUGGAGUUUCGUUCACAAUGGCAUGAAGAGAGGGAUAAAGCACGGAAGAGCUUUCGCAUGGUUAUUGAGACAGAGCCGGAGGAUUGGCAGGCGGUUGUCUCAGCCUUCGAGAGGAUUAAAAAGCCUUCUAGGAAGGAGUACAGUUUGAUGGUGAACUACUAUGCAAGAAGAGGUGAUAUGCAUCGUGCACGUGAAACAUUUGAAAAGAUGCGGGCUAGAGGAAUAGAACCCACGACUCAUGUCUACACAAACCUUAUACAUGCUUAUGCAGUGGGUAGAGAUAUGGAAGAAGCAUUAUCUUGUGUCAGAAAAAUGAAAGAGGAAGGCAUAGAAAUGAGUUUGGUAACUUACAGCAUUCUUGUGGGUGGAUUUGCCAAAAUGGGAAAUGCAGAAGCUGCAGAUCACUGGUUUCAGGAGGCGAAAGAGAAACACACGUUGAAUGCCAUCAUUUAUGGGAAUAUUAUAUAUGCUUACUGUCAAAUAUGCAAUAUGGAUAGAGCGGAAGCUUUGGUGAGGCAAAUGGAAGAAGAAGGCAUAGAUGCUCCAAUUGACAUAUAUCACACCAUGAUGGAUGGUUAUACAAUGGUUGGAGAUGAGGAGAAAUGUCUGCUUGUGUUCGAGAGAUUUAAGGAAUGUGGUUUGAAUCCUUCUGUCAUUACAUAUGGGUGUCUUAUUAAUCUUUACACAAAGCUCGGGAAAGUUUCUAAAGCUCUGGAAGUUAGCAAAGAAAUGGAGCAUGCUGGCAUAAAACACAACAUGAAGACCUACUCCAUGUUGAUCAAUGGGUUCUUGAAGUUGAAAGAUUGGGCUAAUGCUUUCGCUAUUUUUGAGGAUUUGAUCAAAGACGGUAUUAAGCCUGAUGUAGUACUCUAUAAUAAUAUCAUCACAGCAUUCUGUGGGAUGGGGAAGAUGGAUCGUGCUGUUUGUACUGUCAAGGAAAUGCAAAAACAAAGGCAUAGGCCCACAACUCGAACAUUUAUGCCCAUCAUACAUGGUUUUGCUAGGCAAGGGGACAUGAGGAAAGCGCUAGAUGUAUUCGAUAUGAUGCGGAUGUCUGGAUGCAUUCCAACGGUGCACACUUACAAUGCUCUGAUUCUUGGUCUAGUUGAGAAGCGUAAGAUGGACAAGGCUGUAGAAAUACUUGACGAGAUGACGUUGGCUGGCGUAAGUCCAAAUGAACACACAUACACAACCAUCAUGCAUGGUUAUGCUUCUUUGGGGGAUACCGGAAAAGCGUUCGCUUACUUCACUAAACUGAGGGAUGAGGGUCUGAAGCUUGAUGUUUAUACAUAUGAAGCAUUGCUUAAAGCAUGCUGCAAAUCAGGGAGGAUGCAGAGCGCAUUGGCAGUCACCAAGGAAAUGAGUGCUCAAAAUAUCCCAAGAAACACCUUUAUUUAUAACAUUUUAAUUGAUGGAUGGGCUCGACGUGGCGAUGUUUGGGAGGCGGCUGAUCUAAUACAACAAAUGAAAAAAGAAGGGGUUCAACCUGACAUUCAUACCUACACAUCCUUCAUAAAUGCUUGCUCCAAGGCUGGAGAUAUGCAGAGAGCAACAAAAACAAUUGUAGAAAUGAAAUCAGCAGGAGUGAAGCCUAACGUUAAGACGUAUACUACGCUAAUUCACGGUUGGGCCCGUGCUUCUUUACCCGAGAAGGCAUUGUCAUGCUUUGCAGAGAUGAAGAUAUCCGGGUUGAAGCCAGACAAAGCUGUUUACCAUUGUCUAAUGACGUCAUUACUCUCGAGGGCUACCGUUGCAGAAGGAAGCAUAUAUCCCGGCAUUCUCUCCAUCUGCAAAGAGAUGGUCGAUUCGGGAUUAACCGUGGAUAUGGGGACAGCAGUUCACUGGUCCAAGUGCUUGCGCAAAAUCGAGAGAACAGGUGGGGAGAUAACUGAAGCCUUGCAGAAGACCUUCCCUCCCAAUUGGAACUCAUAUAACAAUGUCCACAUGAGCUCCAGCCUAGACUCGGACGACGAAUCUGGUAUAAGUGACGAUGAGGACGAAGACGAUGAUAUAUGUCAAGAGGAAGUAUCCAACGCUCGGGACGACGAUGUAGUUGGUAGAUCAUGGUUUUGAGUACACAAAAGCAUAGAAACAAGCCUUUUAAGCAUGCAAACAGAAUCUCACUGCUAAAAUGAAUGAACGGACGAGAUCGAUUUGGAAGUCGAAGUCGAUGUGACACUGCCAAAUUUAAAAUAUAACAGCAGAUGAUAGUGAAGGAUUCUUGUGGUUCCACCAAACAGCACAGCAUAGCCAAGAUUCUUCCAUGUUCUUCCCACCACUGCCUCAUCUCUAUCAAAGAAUGUGAUGGAUUUGAAUCUUUUCCCUAAUUUUGCAACUUGUUUUGAAUGAUUGUGUGAAGAAAAUGGACAAAAGGAAUAUAAUGGUUUAAGUAUCAUUAUCAGUUGGAUUAGUUGAAUGAAUGAAUGAAGCUCCAUGGCUAUGGAGGGUCAAUGAAGAACACUUGCAGCCAUGGAAAUAUUUUAUUGUUAUUAUGAUUUGAUGAAUUAUGUGGAUGAGUAUUAUUAUAAUCAAGGGAGACAAACCAGCUCAUUUAGGUA